AACAUUUCAUCGAAUGUCUGAAGAACAAGAAAUUGAUUGGGGAGUUGGUGCUUAAGCAUUGCAUUAUAUGACAAGAGCAACCAAAGAUUGCAGUAAAAGAUGUGGAGCAUUAAAAGUGAAUAGAGAUUUUAAUGAGUCCGAAACAGAAUGUUUAAAGAAAUGUGCUGUUUACCAUGCCGGAGCAUCAAGUACUCAUAUGAGAUUUUUAAUCAACUAUGCUGAGACAGUGCAUCUGCAGUGAAGAAUUUUCAUAUAAUAAUCAUAUUAAAAUAACAUAAUCAUAAGAUAUUUA